CUUUGUCAUCUGAUUUUUUUUAUUCAAAAUUUCCUUAUUUGUCCUUACAGAUUGUAUUACUGCUUCGGUUUGUUCCGCUGCUACCAUUUAACAUGUUAAAUUAUCUCUUGUCGGUGACUCCUGUUUCACUUGGGGAAUACAUGCUGGCUUCCUGGUUAGGAAUGAUGCCAAUAACACUGGCACUUGUAUAUGUCGGAACAACUCUUAAAGAUCUUUCGGAUGUAACACAUGGUUGGAGCGAAUUCUCCAAGACUCGUUGGGCAUUUAUCAUUAUCGGUCUCGUAGUAUCGGUGGUUCUUAUGAUAUGUGUUACUAAAGUUGCAAAGUCUGCUUUGGAUAAAGCCUUGGCCGAAAACGAAGAUAUCGACAUCGACGGGGUUACAUCAUCCUCGCCAGAAUUACCCAUUGUUGCUGAACAAUCAUCAGAGCUUAACCAACCUCUCAUAAUUAAGAUAGAUUCUAAUGAAGACAAUCAUGAAAAGUAAAUUCAUUUUUUGUGUAAAUUCUUUCUUCCUCUCCUUAUAGUUGAUUUUUUUUCCAUUGAUGUUCAAGAGAUAGCUACCAGGUCUUCAUAUUUGUUUGUGAUUUGUACAGUUCCAACAUUAGAAAUAUAGUCUGUGACAGGAGUUUUUAA